CAAACAGCAGGCACGAAAAAAAUGGCGACAACAAAACUUUAUUACGUUUUCGCUGGCUUUUGAAACAUUUAGUACGAUUUUUGUCGUCACCGGGGUUAUCACGCGCCUGCUUUCGGCUUUCCGGCGUCUUCUCGGCACCGUUCCGCAUGCUACGAGAGAAGCGCAGCGCUAGAAAAUAAAAUCUUUUAGUGAACAAACAGCAAAACAAAAGUACUAAAAUAGUGAGUGAAUAACUACCAAUCGACGUCAACAUCAAAAUCAACUAUUCAAAACACAAAAUGCGGCGGAAUCAUCAACUUUGGGUGAAAACGGAACCGACAGCCGUGGUUCUGCUGAUCGUCUCCGUGAUAAGCGUCUCAGCGAUAAGGGUAGAUUGGAACACAAACACUGGACCAAUAGUGCCCCCGACGAGCACGCCAGCCCCCGUACCUCAGCCACCGUUCCGCGACCCUGCUCCAGUGUGGGAAGAUCAGUCCGAUGACAUCCCGAAUCCUAACCCUUACAGGUACAUUCUCCCACCACCAUCGCGUCCCAAGUACAAUGACAUCACUCUGGAGCAGCGCAAACAAUCCCAACAGCAACAGCACCACCACCACCAGCAGCAGCCGGCCCAACCUGCCACGCCAGCAAGCCCAACGCAAAGCCCUACGACUGCCGCCCCGACGGGACAGAUCAUUGAUAAGCCACACCAGUCCAACCAGCAGCCAGCUUCCGGAGCACAUAGUCAGCCACCACAACAGCAGCAGCAGCAGCAGCAGCACGUCGUGCCAAGUCUGGCGGUGCAGUACGUGCCAAACAAAGGUCUCAAGUAUUAUGCCGUCGUACCGAAGCACACGGAAGUGUCGUACGGAUCUGCCAAGCAGGCCCUGCUCGCCACCAACGAUCUCUACCACGACCAGCAGCAGCAGGCACAGAGCAAGUACGAUAAGUACGAUAAGCUCAACGGAAAGUACAAUCCCAAGCUGAAGAAGUACAAGGCCUACGAGAAGGUUAAAUACAUGCCGUAUAUUGUGUAUUACGAUGCUACCAAGCAGCAGUUUUACUACACCAGUGUUCCUUCAACGAUGGUCGUAAAUAAUAGUGUGUAAAUGUACAUGAUGGCAGGGCGGCAAGAGUUAGGAAAGUAAAAGCGAAAAGGUAAAAAUCCCGUGAACACGCUAGAGCUCAGAUGAUCCCGUAUCAUGCAAAAAACUACUUUAAAAAAAGGAUAAUUGGACCGCAACAAGCCAGCCAGCGCGAGUUGUUUUGUACCUUAUUUUGUUACCGAAAUUCAGCUUACCAUUUGCACCCAACGAGGGUGUGCAUGAAAACAGUUGGCUUUGGUCUAGCUAUCAUUUAGCCUGAAAUUCGAUACAGGAACACAAACAUGCCAUGUCAAACAUUUCCAGCAGACAGCAGAAACAGAAAAAAACGUUAGAUGUGAAGCAAACGACAAACAGGCAAACAAUGUUAAGGCACGCAUUUCAUAUAUUUAGAGGUAGGGAAAAG